AUGGGCCACGAGGUUCUGAUCGGCGGCUCGUGCUACACGGUCUCCGCCGCCCAGAAGCUCAUCGACCGCAUCAACGACAAGAGCAGCCCCGCCGUGGUCUCGCGCAUCUCGGGCCAAUGGGUCUAUUUCGUCGAGUUCGAGAGCAACGUCGAGGCCGUUAAGGAACUCGUCCAGGCCACGAGUCUGUCUGCCCAGACUUCCUCUUCCCACGCGAGCGGGGGCGACGCCCAGUCGAUCAAGAUCUACAUUACCCCGCGCACGACGCCGUCGCCAUGGAGCUCGCAGGCUACCAACAUUGCCCAGGUCUGCGGCGUCAAGGCACGCAUCGAGAGGGGACGAUUCGUGACGAUUGAGUUCGAGGGAGCCGCUCCCGCCGAUAUCGCCACCUUUAGGGACGUUCUUCACGAUCGGAUGACCGAGUCCAUUACCGAGGCGUUGCCCGAGCCCGCUACUAUUUUCGCCGAGGGAGCCCGCCAGCCGCUUGUCGUUGUCGAUAUCUUCGCGGAUGAGAGGGGCCCGUUGGCCGCUUUGCAGGAUUAUAAUAAGAAGAUGGGGUUGGGGCUGGAUCAGCCCAACAUGGAAUAUCUGGUAGAUCAAUACAAGUCUCUCGGGAGAUCGCCUAAUGAUGUCGAGCUAUUCAUGUUUGCCCAAGUAAAUUCGGAGCACUGCCGCCACCACGUCUUCAAUGCCACCUGGACCAUCGACGGCGCGUCCAAGGACAAGAGCUUGUUCGAGAUGAUUAAGAAUACCCACAAAUCGACUCCCGAUUUCGUAAUCAGCGCAUACUCAGACAAUGCUGCCGUGAUGGACGGUGACGAAGGAAACCACUGGGCCCCCGACUACUCCACCGGCUCCUGGAAGCUCACCAAGGAAGUCGUCCAGCCUCUCAUCAAGGUCGAAACCCACAACCACCCCACCGCUAUCAGCCCCUUCCCCGGCGCCGCCACCGGCAGCGGAGGCGAGAUUCGAGACGAAGGUGCCGUCGGUAGGGGAUCGACGCCCAAGGCUGGGCUUUCCGGUUUCUGGGUCUCCGAUAUGUUGAUCCCCGGCAAGAAGCAGCCGUGGGAGCGCGACAUCGGAAAGCCGGCGCACUAUGCUUCCAGCUUGGAGAUUAUGGUCGAGGCUCCUAUUGGUGCGGCGAGGUUCAAUAACGAAUUCGGCCGCCCGGCGCUUGCGGGUACUUUCAGGACGCUACUUACGAAUGAUACCGAGACGGAAGCGUCCGAGUUUAGGGGUUACCACAAGCCCAUCAUGAUUGCUGGUGGUAUUGGUAGCGUGCGACCUCAGCACGCUAUCAAGGAUCCCGCGUAUGUACAGGAUGGUGCCCAUGUCAUCGUUCUUGGUGGCCCUGCCAUGUUGAUCGGUCUCGGUGGCGGUGCUGCCUCCUCCAACACCGGUACCGAAGCCACGGCCGACCUCGACUUCGAUAGCGUCCAGCGCGGAAACCCUGAAAUGGAACGCCGUGCCCAGAUGGUCAUCAACACCUGCGUCGCCCUCGGCCAGGAGAGCCCCAUCGCCUUCAUCCACGACGUCGGCGCCGGUGGCCUCUCCAACGCCCUCCCCGAGCUCGUCAAGGACGCUGGAUUCGGAGGAAAGUUCGAGCUGCGACAGGUCGAGAGCGCCGACAACUCCAUGUCGCCGCUGCAGAUCUGGUGUAACGAGGCCCAGGAGCGAUAUGUGCUCUUGGUGAACAGGGAUGGUUUGAACCGAUUCACGAGCAUUUGCAGGAGGGAGCGCUGCGGCUUCUCCGUCGUCGGAAACGUCGUCUCCAAGGAUGAAGCCGGGAAGACUACUCUGGUUUUGACGGACCGCGAGCCCACCGUUCAGCCUCCCAUUGACCCCAUCAACUUGCCCAUGGAGGUCCUCUUCCCUCCCGGCCGACGCAUCGCGAAGAACGUGCAGACCACCAAGAAGAAUCUCAAGCCCUUCAACGCCAACGCGAGCCUCCAGGAGAAGUUUGGCGUCUCCACCCUCAAGGACAAGGUGUCCAAGGCUACCGAGCUCGUCUUCCAGCUCCCUUCUGUCGGUUCGAAGAAUUUCCUGAUUACCAUCGGUGACCGCACCGUUGGUGGAUUGGCUGUGCGAGACCAGCUCGUCGGCCCUUGGCAGACCCCCGUGGCCGAUGUGGCCGUCACCUUGAACAGCUUCAGCCUCGAGAGCAACGCGCAUAGCGGAGAGGCGAUGGCCAUGGGCGAGAAACCCACCCUCGCUCUCAUCUCCGCGGCAGCCUCCGCCCGCAUGGCUGUCGCCGAAUCCCUCAUGAACCUCGGCGCCUCCGACAUCAAGGCCGGCUCCAUCAACGGCGACCUUAAGCGGGUCAAGCUCUCGGCCAACUGGAUGGCGGCCGUCAGCCACGCCGGCGAAGGUGCCGAGCUCUACGAGGCCGUCUACGCCAUCGGCAUGGAACUCUGCCCUCAGCUCGGCGUGUCGAUCCCUGUCGGCAAGGACUCGACCUCCAUGAAGGCCUCGUGGAAGGAUCGCGAAACCAACGAGACCAAGAGCGUGACGGCCCCCGUUUCCCUCGUCAUCUCCGCCUUCAGUCUUGUCGAGGACGUGCGCAAGACCUGGACGCCGCAGCUCAGGCGCGUCGAGGAAGUUGGCGAGAGCGUGCUCAUCUUCGUCGAUCUCUCGCAAGGAAAGAAGGCCAUGGGCGGCUCGGCGCUGGCGCAGUGCUUGGGACAGGUGGGCGACGAGGCGCCCGACGUGCGGGACGUCGAGCUGAUGCGCGACUUCUUCGAUGCGCUGUGGCAGCUGCACCAGGAGGAUAUCGUCCUCGCCUACCACGAUAGGUCCGAUGGCGGUCUUCUCACCACCGUCGCCGAGAUGAUGUUCGCCGGCCGUUGCGGCGUGGAACUUUCCCUGUCGGACCUCGCCGCGUCCGAAUCCGAGAUUCUCGACGCCCUGUUCAACGAGGAGCUUGGCGCCGUUUUCCAGGUCCGCACGGCUGAUGAGGGACGCUUCUCCAAGGCCUUUUCUACCUGCGGCCCACCUGCUGGCCUGGUCAAGACGAUCGGCUACGUCCGACACGCGCCAAGGCAGUCCCUGACCAUCCAGUACCACGCCGAGACUAUUAUUGAGCUUGGCCGUGCCGAGAUGCAGCGCUGGUGGUCGAGCACAUCGUAUGAGAUGCAGAAGCUGAGGGAUAAUCCUGCUUGUGCCCAGGCGGAGUACGAUACCGUGUUGGACGAUGAGGAUCCUGGAAUGGAUUAUAAGCUUACGUUUGACCCGGCGGAUGUUGGAUUGCCUACCUUGAUUACGCUCAAGGGAUUGGUAUCGAGGCCGAGAGUCGCUAUCCUACGAGAGCAGGGCGUUAACGGCUACGCCGAGAUGGCCUUUGCCUUCCGCGCCGCAGGCUUCGACGCCGUCGACGUGCACAUGUCGGACAUCCUCGAUGGCCUCACCCUCGACGGGUUCCGCGGUCUGGCCGCAUGCGGCGGUUUCUCGUAUGGUGACGUCCUCGGCGCCGGUAUCGGCUGGGCGCAGUCCGUUCUCAUGCACGACGGCGCUCGUCGCAUUUUCGAGGCGUUCUUCAACCGUCCUGAUACUUUCACCCUGGGUGUCUGCAAUGGUUGUCAGAUGAUUGCUAGGUUGAAGGAGCUUAUCCCCGGCGCCGAGAACUGGCCCAACUUUGUUGAAAACGCCAGCGCCCAAUUCGAAGGCCGCGUCUCCAUGGUCAAGAUCGAGGAAACCUCCUCCACAUCCGUCUUCUUCUCCGACAUGACCGGCUCCUCCUUCCCCAUCGUCGUCUCCCACGGCGAGGGCCGUGCCGAGUUCGCCAACCAGGGCGACCUGCACUCCGUCACGGAGCAAGGGCUCGUCCCCAUGCGCUACGUCGAUAACUACGGUGCCGUAACGGAGCGGUACCCCUUCAACCCCAACGGUUCCCCGGCGGGUAUCGCAGGUGUUAGGAGUAGGGAUGGCAGGGUGGUGGCGAUGAUGCCGCAUCCGGAGCGGACAAUUAUGGGGAGUGUGGGGUCGUGGAUUAAGGAUGAGUUGAAGGGGAAUCAGUAUGGGCCUUGGUUUAGGAUGUUUUUGAAUGCGAGAAAGUGGGUGGGUUAG